CAAAGCCGGAAAGCCGCGGAGGACACCUGGCCGGAGGGGGGCGCGAGCGGGGUCAAUCAGAGGAGUGCGCACGCGUAGACCGAGGCGUCCGCGCGACGAAAGCGGACCGUUUCGAGUCCCCCUCAACCGCCGCUUGCACCUGUGCCGCGCCCCCGCCCAACCCUGGGUUGGAGAAAGCGGACUGGAUUGAGGGCCCCUUGUUAACCUCGGUGAGGAGAGGUCGCACGCAAGUGCAUCCCCCCCCCUCCCCUGCAAUUUUCAAGAGGCGGGAAAACCGAGGAAGAGACCGUUCACCUUCGUUGCUACGGCCUCCCGCCCACCGCACGACAGCGGGGGGCGGGGCGAAACAUCCGCCGAGGGCAGUUCAACUCACAAGAGAAGGCGAACCGAGCGCGGUGACGGGUGAUAGCGAGCGGACCGAUCGGCGGAGAAGAAAAGCAGCAGUCCCGUCGGGAUCCUCCUCUGUCCCCGGGCACGCUCGAAGCGGAGCGGCGAGGGACAGCGCGCGCGGGCGCGCUCUCGCGGUGGGGUUGGUGGGGUUGGAGGGAGGGGAGCAGUUGGACUCUUCCGGAAGCGCCGGCGCGACUGCGCGUGCGGCCCGCCAACGGUCGCCGGCGGCGGUUUGAAUUCCUGAACGUUCGGAGGGCGAGCUCCUGCCAACAUGGUGUCGUGGCUCAUCUCCAGGCUGGUCGUGCUUACAUUUGGUACUUUGUAUCCUGCCUAUACAUCUUACAAAGCUGUGAAGACAAAAAAUGUGAAGGAAUAUGUCCGAUGGAUGAUGUAUUGGAUUGUGUUUGCUAUCUUCACGACCAUAGAAACUUUCACGGACAUUUUCAUUUCCUGGUUCCCCUUCUAUUAUGAAAUGAAAAUUGCCUUUGUUGUUUGGCUUUUGUCCCCAUACACCAGGGGUGCCAGCAUGAUGUACAGGAAGUUUAUUCAUCCCACACUGUCUUCGAAGGAGAAGGAAAUUGAUUGCUACAUCACUCAAGCCAAGGAGCGUGGUUAUGAAACAAUGGUCAAUUUUGGCAGGCAAGGACUUAACAUGGCAGCCAAUGCUGCUGCAAAUGCUGCUGUGAAGAGUCAGGGAGCUAUCGCUGGCCGCUUGCGUAGUUUUAGCAUGCAAGAUUUAACAAGCAUUCCGGGUGAUGAGCCAGUACAUGACAGAGACCCUCUUUAUCCUGAGGAUGAGCUGAUGGGAAGGAAACCAUUCUCUGCUGCACAGCUAGAAUGUGCUUCAACACAACCUGUAUCAGCAUGCAAUGAUCAAUAUAUUGACAGCGAUUCUCAUGAUGACUACAAGUCUGAUGGGGAAGCAGAAAACCAGAAAAGUUCUUUGCGUCGCCUUGAAGUACCAAAGAUCAAACGAAGUAGACGAGUGCAGGGUCAACAAAUGUCCCGAAAAAAAGUGCUGGGAAAAGAGGGUGUGGUAAAACCAGUGAAGGUUAGACCAAAGAAGAAGGCUGUGCAAUCGAAUUUUGACACUUUAUGAAUUCCAGAAAACCACUUUUUUUUUUCAAUUCCUCAGAAACGUAGAGCUCGUGGGUGAAGGUGACUGCUAUUUUUAUUCACUGGCAAUUUUCAAAUGGCCAAAUGUUCUAAUCUUCUGAAACAGGGUAACAUCUUUGUAAUCUUGUUGUGUGCCCUGUUUUUAAAAUGUGCUCUGUAAAGGCCAGUGCCAAACACUGGAUCAGAAAUAAUGUCCAAAAAUACGUGUUCAACCAAAGAGUGUAGAGGCAUGGACUGUACUUGUGUCAACAAAUUCGUGUCAAGGGAAAUGCUGUGUAUUUUUAAAACUCUUUCUUGCCACAUGAGUGUGUGUAGUGGAUGGUUCUGAGGGAGUCUGGAACUCCCUUUUUUUCAUAUUUUUUUUUAAAAAAGUGCUCCAUGCAUUGUUGUUAGUGGCAACUGAAGUAUAAAAUGUGACAGUAAGGAGCUUGCAUGGACUUGUGUUUUUACUAAUGUCAAGGUAUGUUCUGUGGCUCCUAAUUUAUUGGCACCUAAUGACCCAUGUAUUGUGAGGAAUUGAUUUGUUGAAGAGUUAAAAUUGUAAUGCAUAAUAUCACAGCCUUGCGGGACAAAUCUCCUUCAGGUAGUUUAAGUAUGAAUGUGGAAAAUGGUAAUUUGGUGAAAAUGCUCUGCUGUAUCUCAGUCAAAAGUGUGAAUUUGAGUCUGUACGUUUGACUCAGAGAAUGGAAUGUUAUGCGGUUGUGAUGAAAUGUAUUAAUGUCACCAGUCCAGCAUUUGGGACUUCAUGGACUGAACAGCAGAAGCUCAGAGUGAGGCUUUUACUGCAAGUAAAUCUAGCAUAAAAACUUAACAGCCCUGGUCUUCUUCCCAUGUGUGUGACAUAAAUUUUGAAAGAAUACAUGUUUAGUUUAAUGAUUGAAUGUCACCAUCAAUUCUUGCAAAUAACUACUGGUCAUUGUAUUCGGUGACCAUAGGGUGUCCUUGACAAGAGACAUGAAGUUGCAGUCUUGCUGUUAACAAUACACUCAAGAACUGAUUUGGAGUAACAGCAUUAUUAAGAAGGAUUGAUCCAACAUCAGCUGCAUAACUUGGGUUGAGCAGUUUGGUGCUUUGAUGUUGAAGUGGCUGUGUGGUUUCAGUUCAAGCUGAACAUAAAAGUGGACUCAAGUUGGCCAAGUUCCCAUGAUUGGUGUUUUCCUCUGCUUCACUGGACCUUCCCCAAUUCCAAAAACAUUUAAGUAAGGAGAACUGUGCGUCUACCUUGUCCAUGAAUGGUUUGUUCCUAUUUGUUGAGAAUCUGGCUGCUUCCAGUGGUUGAAGGUUGUCAUCUACUUUGGGUUGUUUAGAUGUUUGCUGUGACUUGCAUUCCACUAGGUCAUUGAGUUUUCCUUAAUUUCUGUCUAAAACAAAAGCAUUUGUUCAUACAGAAAUACUCUUGGAGCUUGGGGGUAAAAAAGUCCCAUACACUGUAAAAGCUGCAAGUCUCAUUAUGAUCCUGUGUACAAGGAGGAUGUGCUUCUUUUUCCAACAUUGUGUGAUGGGCUUAAAUUCUUUCAAGUUCCCAUUCUCAAGUGUGAUUGCUAGGUUUUUAUUGUCCAUUGUACCAUGUCUGUGAAUAAAUUUUCAGGUGUCAUUUCAGUUCUAAUGCUUUGAUGUUUAACACUUUUAUAUUUCUCAUUUGUGUGAAUGGAAAUGUGCACUGUGCAAAAUAAUUACUACUGAGAAAUAAGCCAUUCAUGCUUGCACAUGCGUGCACAUACAAUGUAAAUGUCAUUUUGACAAAUUAGAAAUUUGCAACUAAUAUUGAACAAACCUGACAUUGAAAUCAUAGCCUUGGAUCAUUUGGCACUUGGCUUAUGUUCUGCAACAUCUGGCCCCAUGCAACCACUUCGACACAAUGUGAAGUUAGCACAUUGCAGCAGGUAACUCUGUGCAAUUAGGUGCAUUAACUCUGUUCAGCACAUGGUCCCAUGGUUCCUUUCUUCUGUAUUUAAAAAGUUGACGAGAGGACAAUAGUUGUUUACAUGAUGCCAUUUUUGGCUUGGAUUUGAUCUGUUGUCUUAAAAAUAAUUUGAAUAAAUGUACCUGUUUUAAACUGGCCCAAACCUUGGUGAGGUUAUCAAAACAGGAGUCAUUUAAGUACAAUUUGGAGUACAAGUGGUGUCCAGCACUUCUCAUUUAAAUUAUGCUUGAUGAAAUGUCAGUUUGAAUCAGCCUGUUAACACCACCUUAGGUUUUUUUCUAUCUUGUUUGUUUAUGCUUUUACAAGGAAGUCUGUAUUGAGUUUCUUCUUCGCAAUAAAUCUUUUG